GCUGCGAGGCGAGCGAUGGAUGAGGAAAACAUGACGAGAAGCGAAGAGCAGCAGCAGCUGAGUUUGCAGAAAGCCUUGCAGCAGUGCGAGCUGGUCCAGAACAUGAUCGACAUCAGCAUCUCCAACCUGGAGGGGCUCCGCACCAAAUGUGCCACUUCCAACGACCUGACGCAGAAGGAGAUCCGCACCCUGGAGAGCAAGCUGGUCAAGUACUUCAGUCGGCAGCUGUCAUGCAAGAGGAAGGUGGCCCUACAGGAGCGCAAUGCCAAGCUGGAGGGCUUCCCUCAGCUCCUGCACUGGUUCCGCAUUGUCAACAUCCGUAAGGAGGUCAUGGAGGAGAUUGCCCCUGGCCAGCUGAGCCUUGAGGAGCUUCUAGAAAUGACUGAUGACCAGGUCUGUGCAACAGUGGAGAAGUUUGGGGCCAACAGUGAGGAGUGUGCACGGCUGAAUGCCUCCCUCUCCUGCCUUAGGAGUGUCCACAAAUCAGGAGGCAGCCUUUCCAAGCAAGACUGGACCAUCCAGUGGCCAACAACAGAAACAGGGAAGGAAAACAACCCUGUGUGCCAACCAGAAUCCAUGCAGUGGAUUAGAACGCACCUUUCCCAGAGCCCCAAAGUGCAGUCCAAAUGCAUCCAACACUACUGUCACCCAGGUUCAGCCCAUGGACCGAUGUACACCCACGUGGACAGGCUGACUGUGGAGGGCCACCCAGGGCUUUGCCCCCCAGUAGAAUCUGGACAUCGCUCUUUGCCGCCAUCCCCCCGGCAGCGACAUGCUGUUCACACACCUCCACGGACCCCUAACAUAGUGACCACGAUGACUCCUCCAGGCACGCCGCCAGUGAGGCGGAGAAACAAGCUGAAACCGCCAGGGACUCCUCCCCCAUCAUCCCGGAAACUGAUUCAUCUCAUCCCCGGAUUCACUGCCCUGCACCGGAGCAAAUCUCAUGAGUUCCAGCUGGGUCACCGAGUGGAUGAGGCACACACCCCCAAAGCAAAGAAAAAGAACAAGCCUCUGAACUUAAAGAUUCACAACAGUGUGGGAAGCUGUGAGAACAUCCCUGCUCAGCGCUCGCCCCUACUGUCUGAGCGCUCGCUGCGCUCCUUCUUUGUGGGAUACCCACCUUUCCUUCCUUCCACUCCUCCUGUCCAGACGGAAGCCACCAUCUCAGCAAACACACUGUCAGUGCCUCGCUGGUCCCCACAGAUUCCCCGUCGUGACUUAGGAAACUCAAUAAAACACAGAUUUUCCACCAAGUAUUGGAUGUCUCAGACCUGUACCGUCUGUGGGAAAGGAAUGUUAUUUGGAUUAAAAUGUAAAAACUGCAAGCUAAAGUGCCACAACAAAUGCACCAAAGAGGCCCCUCCCUGCCACCUACUGAUCAUCCAUUGCGGAGGGAGACGAGCUGUCCGAUGCGAGGCAGAUUUGCAUUCCAAACCACUUCCACCCACCCUUCCCCUGCCACCCUUUCUUUUCAGAUUCCCCACAACACGGGCAAGAUUAGUCCGAACAGAGUCUGUGCCGUGUGAUAUCAACAAUCCUUUAAGGAAGCCACCCAGGUAUUCUGACCUACACGUGAGCCAGACGCUACCCAAAACCAACAAAAUUAACAAGGACCACAUUCCAGUGCCCUACCAGCCAGACUCCAGCAGCAAUCCCUCCUCAACGACCUCCUCCACGCCCUCCUCGCCAGCCCCACCGUUACCGCCUAGUGCAACUCCACCAUCUCCCCUCCACCCCUCUCCACAAUGUACGCGGCAGCAGAAGCAAUUCAACUUGCCAGCUUCCCAUUACUACAAAUACAAGCAGCAGUUCAUUUUCCCAGAUGUUGUGCCUGAGACACCAACCCGUGCACCCCAAGUGGUUCUUCAUCCAGUGAAUUCUAAUCCAAUCCUUGAAGGAAAUCCAUUACUUCAAAUUGAAGUGGAGCCAACAUCAGAGAAUGAGGAUGGGAAUGAGGAGGCCCAGGAGUCUGAGGAUGAGUUUGAGGAAAUGAAUCUCUCUCUCCUCUCCGCUCGCAACUUCCCACGCAAGGCCAGCCAGACCAGCAUCUUUCUCCAGGAGUGGGACAUCCCCUUUGAGCAGCUGGAGAUUGGAGAACUGAUAGGCAAAGGGCGCUUUGGCCAGGUGUUCCAUGGACGUUGGCAUGGUGAGGUGGCCAUCCGCCUCAUUGACAUUGAGAGGGACAACGAAGACCAGCUGAAGGCCUUCAAGCGGGAAGUGAUGGCCUACCGACAGACGCGGCAUGAGAAUGUGGUGCUCUUCAUGGGGGCCUGCAUGAGCCCUCCUCACCUUGCCAUCAUCACCAGCUUGUGUAAAGGUCGGACACUCUACUCGGUGGUGAGGGAUGCAAAAAUUGUCCUGGAUGUCAACAAAACAAGGCAGAUAGCUCAAGAGAUUGUGAAGGGCAUGGGGUACCUGCACGCGAAAGGGAUCCUUCACAAAGACCUCAAGUCCAAAAACGUGUUCUAUGACAACGGAAAGGUGGUGAUCACGGACUUUGGGCUCUUCAGCAUAUCAGGUGUCCUGCAAGCAGGCAGGAGGGAGAAUAAACUGCGGAUCCAGAAUGGCUGGCUGUGCCACCUGGCCCCAGAAAUCAUCCGCCAGCUCUCGCCUGAUACGGAAGAGGACAAGCUGCCCUUCUCCAAGCACUCAGAUGUUUUUGCACUUGGCACUAUCUGGUAUGAGCUGCAUGCACGGGAGUGGCCUUUCAAGACGCAACCAGCAGAGGCAAUAAUAUGGCAAGUGGGCAGAGGGAUGAAGCCCAACCUCAGCCAGAUCGGCAUGGGCAAAGAAAUAUCGGACAUCCUUCUCUUCUGUUGGGCGUAUGAACAGGAAGAGAGACCCACCUUCACCAAGCUCAUGGAGAUGCUGGAGAAACUGCCAAAGCGGAACCGUCGCCUUUCCCACCCUGGUCACUUCUGGAAGUCAGCAGAGCUGUGACAGAUGGAGUGAAGGGAUGGUGCCUUUCUCAGCCCUUCAGUUCUCCUCCUCCCCUUCCUCUCUCUUUCCUCCAUGCACUGAAGAAGACCAGAGGAUACUAUGGACUGGGAACAUGAAAAGAAUAAAGAUGCCUCUUGCUCAGAAUGCCUCUCCAUCCUCAGAUGCUAUGCUAACUCCCUCUCCAGAAUGAAUGUCAAGCUUGCGCUGGCCAGGGGCUAUACAGGAUUUGCUGUGAUGACCUCAAAUGGCUUCUAAGGGCAAAAAGUCUGGAGAACCAACAGGUUGGAAAGUCUCAUCACUUGAGUACUCCAUAGACUUUCCAAGGGGCCUGUCCUCCUGCAUCUGCUCCAGCAAAGGCUAUGAAUAAGGGAUGUGAGAAGGUUUUAUGCGUGUGUAUGUAUGCGCAUGGUUGAUCUUUCAAUAUUUUCCCUACCGAUUCCCACUGAGCAGGGAGAAAAUGAACAAGCAAACAGCUUCAUUUCAACACGAUAGAUCCUUUGAUCCCAAUCUGUGUGGUCAGGGCUAAUCUGGUUCAUUUUCAGGGGUUGGUUUUCUUUGUCUUUUAUUUCCCUUUGUGCUUUUUAAAAAAAAGAGCAAUGUUGCUGAUUCAUCAGUUUAUUACUUGAGCCUGUGCCUGCCUGUGGGGGGUGUGGGACUUUCGCUGCUAUCAGCUGGCUCCUGCAGGGCAGUGCUUCUGCAGAGAUGGCGUUCCCAGAGCCCUGCUCCCACAGUUCUCUCCAGAACCUUAAUGGACAUCUGUGACCUUUCACAAGUGGCUUCUCUACCUCCCAGCUAUAGCCAUUUACUCUCACCCCCUCCAUGUCUCCCUCUCAGCAUGGAGCAUAUCCAUAUUCAUUUUUCUUUUAGCAUUUUGCACUGUCUGUAUCUAAUCAGCAUUUUUUUCUUAGCUUCUCUGUGCUGCAUCUUUCCAAGCUCAGUCCUUCCCUCUUCCCUCUCUUUGUUACCCAAGUAAAGUUAUAUGUGCAGGAGUCUGUUUCUUUCAGACACUGUGCCCAUCUGACUAGGUGCACCCAUGCAAAUCAGAGAGGUAGGCAUGUGGCCAUACUCGCAAACAAUACUAAGGGGUUGUACUCUGGUCAAAAGUGUGCCUGCCCUGCGUCUGAAACAAACCCAGAAUGCACUAUGUGUGUGUGUGUGUCCAUGUUUUAGACAUUUAUAUACAGAGAAGAAUGAGGGGGGAUAUGAUAACAGUCUUCAAAUACCUAAAGAGAGAUUAUAAAGAGGAUAGAGAUAGCCUUUUCUCUGUGGCUGUAUGGGACAGGACUAGGAGCAAUGGCCUCAAGCUGCAACAGAAGAAAUCGAGGCUGGAGAUUAGAACAAACUGACUCUGAAGGUGAUCAACCAUUGGAACAGGCCACCUAGAGAAAUUGUAGAUUCUCCACCCCUGGAAGUUUUCAAGAGCAGGUUAGACAGAUACUUGGCUGGAAUGGUUCAGUCAGGGAUGAUCCUAUCUUUAGCAGAGGGCUGAACUAGAUGACCUUGUGAGGUCCCUUCCAGCCCUACUUUCCUAUGAUCCUGUUUAUUAAAACACACUCGUGAAGCCCGCAGCUAUCCAAGCAUAAGCUGUCUGUAGUUAGAAAGAAACUUUCCUUGCAAGUAAAUUAUUCCACAGUUGUCCACUGUGGGGUUUUUGCAUCUUCUUCCAGUACAUCUGGCACUAGCCACUGUCUGUGAAGAUGCUGGAUUAGAUGGGGAUCAGGUAUGGUUUGUAAGAGUGCUUCUUACGCUGCUUUCCCCUCCCUGCAACUCCAUUUGUUUUCUUGGUGGAUGGCAUGGCUUAAUGUUUGGUACUGGAAGGCUCAACCUGUAGUUCCAGUCCAGUGCUACCUGGGCUAGCAGUGGCCAAAACUUUCUUCCAGCUUAUGACUUUUGAUUAUCUAGUUUGGCAAAUAUUGUUUGGCAAUCUCAGCUAAGGUCCCAGGGGAUCACCGUUCUCAUCACAAGAUGCAGCCUAGUUUCCAGUCGCUGCAGGGCUGAACAAGGUUUGAAUUGAAAUCUUGGCCCUGGACGCACAGAGUCAGAGUUGAAGCACAUUGAUGAGAGACAGUACUUGUUGAUAGAAACUUGCCUUCUUGUGGCUGUCAGCCGUGGACCUUACAUAAAGGCUGAUAUUAAGGCUAUUUGUCUGCAACACUCACUUGUUACCAUAACCUUGGCUCCCUUGGUACAUAUUUGGGAGCUGGAUGAGUAGCCUGUAUCCAUUUUCAAAUUUUUUGUGUAAUUUCUUUCUUUCUCUGAUCACGCUGAACCUCAUCCCCCUCAUGCUGUGUUCCCUGAAGAGCUGCUCUGUGGUCAGCAUCUUACUGCUGCUGUUUUCAUUUGAAUACCACAUGCCUGUAUUUCCCUCUCACAGUCAGUUCUGAUGGGCCCUUGAGCCCAUUAUACUAGAUAUCAAGUGACAGAUGAUAGUACAUUGCAUUUUCAAGCCCUUAUUGAGCAUAAUUACUUGACAGGAACCAUCCUGAAUAAUUUAAUCGUAGUAUAAGUUAGCUUUAAUUUGGAGACAUUACAAGCUCUGAAAACUAGCCAGUCCUAUUUUGUUUUCUGUGAAUUACUUUAACUCACUUUUGAUAACAUUUCAACUGAUUUAGCCUAAAUAAAUGAAGAUGAACUUUCUCUGAAGCACUGCAUUUUGGAAAAGAAAAAAAAAUCUUGCUUGGAUUGUGAGACCAUUAAACAAAGCAGGUUUGUUCUGUUCAGUUUUCACAUUUCUCUGUUUGUAUAAAGCCCAAAGAAGGGAACAAGCUUUAGGACUAAACAUACUUCCCAACUUUCUCCUGGUUUAAGGUUUUUGGAAUGCAGGGCAUUUUGCUGAGGCUCGUCUCCAGUGCUGUGAGGAUGGGAUUUUCAGAAAUCCUCAGCAUUAUUCUAGAUCUGCUCUUAGUGCAGUUAACAUUAAUUUCGAUGAGAGCAGAGUAAACUUCACCUUCUGGGCCAUGUGGUGUCAUGUUCUGCCCUCAGGUACCUACACUCACUGCCUUCAUUUCCACUGCUCCACCCCAAAUCAAAUGAGUGAGUGAGGACAGAAUUUGACCCUGAGCAUGCCAGUUACCCACACUGGGCGAGACAGCACAGUAGACUUCCCAUUCCUUAUGGCAGAUGAUGCACAGUUCACUUUGGUGCUGCUUUGCAGUCCUCCUAAUCCUGAUAAGAAAGAAAUGUGUCCUUAUGCCUUUCUGAACCAGUUAAUCUCUAAGGUGCCAUCCUGCCCUGCCUUCUUUGCCUCUGGUUUUCUCUCUUUCUUGGUGGAUCCACAUGAGCAUGGCUGGGUGCAACAUCUUUGGGUCUUGAGGGCAGAUAUGCAGGGAAUGUGAGGAGAUGCACCCAUUCAAAGCAGGCAGGAGAAGAGGAGCCAUGGCCUUGUGAAUAUGUGCUACCACAUCCCCUUGACUGUUUUUUUUUUCCAUGGGCAAGGCUGGUAUGGUGCCAUCAUCUUUAUCCUCCCAACAGUGGAUGUUGUGCAAGUGCCACAGGUUCAUCAGUGUGUGUAGUCUCUGCAGUACUCUGGGUAGCCCAUUUAAUCUCAUUUCCAUUUUGUUCCCAAUCCUUUCACUUGAAUAGUGGUGGUAUCAAAAUCUGGCUCCAGGUUCUUUUGCCACACACACCUUUCUUGUUCCCCUCCUGUUUCUCAGCUGCUAGCAUGGACCAACUUCAUGAUAUGCUGGGCAGCAAGAGACACAUUUUCAGCCUUGUUCUCUUUAGUACUUCUCACUCACAAGCUUUUCUUGUCCCUCUGUAUGUCUGUACUUCCUCCUGCUACUCUCCCUUACCCCUGCAUGCCUCCAUCUGUGCUUGUGUGUGACUUGUGCCAUAAAUGAUGCACUAAUCCUCCAUGGAGUUGGGCUUAGAUGACUCUUGAGGUUCCUUCUGACCCUGUGAUUCUGUGAGUUUCUCGGAAGAAUUUUCACCAAGGCCUUCACUGUGUCUGGAUGGAAAUGCCCAUCUUCUAAGUCACUGCACCUCCUGUGAGAACAGAAAGGAAAACGCUUCCAAAUGUAUUCUGCAGGAAAAGAUUGUCUGCAAAGAUCUGUUCAUCUUGUGUUCCCCAAGUCCCUUUCCUCCCAUUCAGUACCUGAAUUCAGGGUUGGUGGGUUGUCUAUGCAGAGAGGAUGGGUGUGUGGGUCUACUUGUGUGUGCUUGUGGGGAGGGGAGAUGCUCCCAUUUGUAAUAUGUAAAAAUCAAAGUAGAAAUGAGUGGAAAUAGUUUUUUUUGUUUGUUUUUUGUUUGUUUUUCCUUUCCACCAUUUCAACCUUUCCCUCCAGAUAUGGGGCUUGUGACGUGGUGUUUGCACUUAGAUACAUGAGCACAGAGGAGGAAGAAUGGCAUGUUGGCAUCUUAACUUGAAUAUUUUUUUAACUUUGUGCAGUAACUGAAUGGCUCAAAUCAAUUUGUACAAAACAAGGAGGCCGUGGGUUCCCCGAACCCCACACAGUAAUAGACACAGUGGCAUGCCUGCUUGCUUGAUUUGAAGAGAAAAAAAUGCUAUUAGACACACCAUUGCUUUGUGAUUAAGGGUAAAUAACUCUCUAUCCAAUUUCAGCUGCUAAUGGAAUCUCAGCUUUUCUGAUGCCACCUUCAUGCCAAGUCGCAUACACUUUUCCAUCAUACUUUGCAAGUUAUUAAACAGUUUUGUGUUUUUUCAACCUUCCCAUGCCCUGCUGGUGGGAUGGAGCUGGUGUGAUUACAGUUACCUCUUAGGACUUUCUCUUCCCCAUCUUUCAUAGGUUGAAUGGUUUGCAGUGUUUUGGAAUGAUGAAUUUCCUUACGGCCCUAUUGACUGAUGGCUUCUGUUUAGCGAUAGAACAGGUACAGCAUGGGCAGCAGGAGAAGGACUUCGCCUGUUUUUGCUCCUACUAGUGAGCCUCACUCUGCAACAGAGAAGUUGCUUCUGGUAACAGGGAGUGAUGCUUAGUCUCUGUGCCCAUUCAUUUCUCAGUCUUUCUCCUGACUGCCAAUAGAAAUGCCAAAUGUGCUCUCAAUCCACUAGAGAAGUGGGCUGACAUCACCCUCUACAGCAUGAGCCAAAGAUUCUUUUAAUGACUUGCUUUAAGCUGCUUUUGAUAUGGGCUGGCUUUGUACUGGUGGCCCUGGAAGCGGCCAAGGGUGUUUACAUGUGUGUAGCUGAGCACAUAGUAAUCCUCAGAUAUCAUGAAUAAUAACAAAGGCAAGAACUCUUCCCUGUGGAAGGAGAUUUAUUUCUGGAUCUCACUUAGUGUAUGUUGAAUCCGUGUGAUGAAUGUUAACUGCACACACAGUGGUAUAUUCAGACAAAGGGGCUACCAACAGGAGGGUUACGAGUGGUAUUUAAAAGCACUGCUUUGUUUUCUCUGCAGGAGGCGGUUGUUACAUCCCCAGUUCAUGGGAGUGAAACCAGCUUGUUGCCCCAUAAACAGUCCUCUCACAUGAAGAAACAUAACAGGAGCAGAGAGGCAUGGUAUCUCUAAUGUCUUUGUUAUUAUUUGCGAAGAGGGAGGUGUGCUACAUUUCAGACUGUCAUUAGCUGCCCCAUAAAGCAUGUAGAGGAGAAAAAUUAUACUACAGUAACCUUCAAUGCCCCUGCUAGGUGGGAGCUUGUAUUGACAGUACAGGAAGGAAAGUGUCCAUUCCUCCUUUCUGUCUAAGAGUGAUCAUACUUCUCAUCAUACCAUUCAGAUACAUCCUCAUUUCUCAUUCCCAGAGAACAGACUCAGAAAUACAGGUCUCUGAUCUGUCCCCAUUUUGUUCAUACUAAAAAGUUUUAUUUUUAAAUUUAAUUUUAAUUUUAGAAUUAAAUCUGCUGAGGAGAGCAAAUAGUGGGAGAGACUAGAGACCAGGCUUCACCCAGGCUGUAGGGAGUGCAUCAGGAGGUGUUUUACAAGUUUGUGGCAGGGCUUAUAGAAGGUCCCACUUCAAAGGGAAGAGGGUGCAUGUUUGUUAUCAAUAUUUCAAGGACCCCUCCACUCAAGUAGUGAUUCAGAUGGAGACUGGCUGGAGGGAGAAUAGAUUUAUUCUUCAGUUAGUUCUGGUGUCUGUCUAAAGCUUGUACCCUUAAGGCAGUACACUAGAAGCAAAUGUCAGAACCUUGGCCAAGAAAGUCAAGUUUCCUAUAGCAUGUUCUGGGAUGAAGGAUGAGGAAUUCCUGGAUGGGCAUAUUCUUCUCUUUUUUUUUCUUUUUUUUUUUGGGGG